GUGAUUUGGAUGCUCCACGUGCAUCAGAGUCGCUUCAUCUCUGGUUUUCAAUUCACUGCGAGCGAGCAUCAUUCGACCUCGGGUCAGGCGUUUGGUCAUGGAUACCACAGCACGUCUAUUGUCAUGCAAUACUGGUCAAUUUGUUUAUUUGCUUCCCUUGAAUAUCUUCUCUUGUAUUUUCCAUUGCUCAUAUGUCCUUGCUUCUCUUCUUAAGCCUCGACUGCAGUGGAUCUGGUUCUGGCCUAGUUUCUUUAGCCUGGAGUUCGCUGGUCGAUACCCCUUUAUUGCUCUUUUUCCUCUUCCCCUUUUACUUAUCUGUGUCUCUGCUCUAGUGCAUGUCCUGGCAUGCAGGACGUCUAGCAUAUUAAGUGUGCAGGCACAACUCCGAACUUUGCACGUUCAAAAAGUGUUUUUCAAUCCGAUGCAAUGCACAUCGGUCAGACUUGCUACUUCAAUUUGUCAUUUGCUCUACUUCCCAGCACGAAUAACUUGCCUUUUGCUCUACUUUUCUCUUGUUUAUCAUUGCAUCCAGAGCUUUGCUUAUUUAUGCUUCCUCUUCAAUCUUCUGCUCUAUUUACAAUGAUACCUCAGAACAAGCAGCACAGAAUUUGUUUUUUUUUUUUUUUUUUUUUUUUUUUUUCCCUCACAAUAAUUACAUUGCUCUAGGGUUUUAGUCUAGGGUUGGAUGACAGGACGAAUGGAAUAUUACACUCUAUGGCUAUCAUGCUCCUGUCAUUUU